UUCAAGCUAAAAGCCACUUUACAUUUUUACACAAAGGUGUAUGAUACAGUUGUUAAGACGAUAUGGCUGAUACUCACUGGGGAAAUAUAUAAAAUACAGUUUAUAUUGUUAAUAUAUUUACAGCAGUUACAUAGAAGGGUGUGUUUUACGUGCUACCUUCAAGUGCUCCUUCCUGGCAUCCGUUUUCGUGAAGCUUACGACCGCUUAGAUUGGCGAAUUUUGAUUACUGUUGCCUAAAAAGGACGAGCACAAAUUGAGGAAACUUAAAAUUCAGCUUUGCUUUUUGGGUGUCUUUUCGUUUGAAUUGACUUGAAUAUGUUCGGCUGAAGGAAACAACUCAAUAUGAAUAGAGACACUUUCAGUUUUACAUGAUGUCCUCAAAGUGCACAUGGCAGUGCCAAUGUGUGGUGAUUCAGCACACUUCGGCGAGGUCACUCAAGAGUUUCCCUGCAUUGGAAAAUGUUCCCGGAGAACAGAGACAUUGAGAAACCCAAUCCUUUGGCAAAUGCGGGAUUUUUUUCACAGCUUUUUUUGUGCUGGAUAAGUCCUUUGCUACAUGUCGGACACAAGCAAAGGCUGGAGGAAAGUGACCUCUACACAAUUCCUCCUGAAGAUGAAUCAGAAGUACUGGGACAAGACCUGCAGAGGUGCUGGGAUCUUGAAGUUAAAAAGGCUACAAAACAACUGCGGAAGCCUAAGCUGACCAAAGUCCUUAUUAAGUGCUAUGGGAAGUCUUAUGCUGUAGCGGGACUGUUUGCGUUUUCCUUGGAGGCCAUUAAAGUCAUCCAGCCACUUCUUCUAGGGAAAAUAAUAAUGUUCUUUGAGAAUUAUGAUGCAGAUGACCAAAGUGGUCUUUGCGCAGUAUACGGCUGCGCUGCUGCCAUGUGCGUGUCCACCAUCGGUUUGACUAUCCUCCAGCAUCUCUAUUACUAUUUUGUCCAAAGAACAGGCAUGAAGAUGAGAGUGGCUGUGUGUCACAUUAUAUACUGCAAGGCUCUUCGUCUCAGCAGCCAAGCGAUGGGACAAACCACCACAGGCCAAAUUGUGAACCUCCUUUCAAAUGAUGUCAAUCGUUUUGAUGAGAUUACGCUCAAUCUGCACUACCUGUGGGUGGGACCUCUUCAGGCAGUUGUGAUCACCUCUCUCCUUUGGUAUGAGAUCGGGCCCUCAUGUUUCGCAGGCGUGGCUGUCCUUGCCUUCAUGAUGCCCGUGCAGACGUGGUUUGGAAAGCUUUUUGGAAUCUUCAGGAGUAAAACAGCGGUCCUAACUGACAGUCGGAUCCGCAUCAUGAACGAAGUGGUGUCUGGCAUCCGAAUAAUCAAGAUGUACGCAUGGGAAAACCCCUUUUCAUCUCUCGUCACAGAGUCCAGAAGAAAGGAGAUAAACCAGAUCAUGAAGAGCUCCUACCUGCGAGGACUCAACAUGGCAUCGUUCUUCGCCAGUAGUAAGAUUGUGGUGUUUGUCACCUUUGCGGUGUAUGUUAUGCUGGGCAACAGUAUCAGCGCCAGGCGAGUGUUCGUCACGGUGUCCUUGUACGGAACCAUCAAGCUCACUGUCACGCUGUUCUUCCCGCUGGCCAUUGAAAAACUGUCAGAGACCAUCGUCAGCAUUCACAGGAUCAAGAAUUUCCUUCUCCUGGAUGAAAUGAGUAGAAGAAAGUUAACACUCGAGGAAAAGAACCCAAACACCAUCGAGAUGAAGAGGCUAACGUGCUACUGGGAUAAGGUUCUGGAUUCGCCAUCUCUGCAAAACAUCUCGCUCACUGUGAAGUCACAUCAGCUCCUGGCUAUAAUAGGACCAGUAGGAGCGGGGAAGUCGUCGCUGCUGAGUGCCAUUCUGGGUGAGCUGUCUCAUGACACUGGAACGAUGACCGUUAGAGGUCAACUCAACUACGCAUCCCAGCAACCCUGGGUGUUUCCAGGGACCAUCCGCAGUAACAUCCUGUUUGGGAGAGUGCUGAAUCCCCAGAAGUAUGAAAGAGUACUGAAGGCCUGCGCUCUAAAGAAGGUGAGUUUGGACCUGGAGUUACUCCCAGAUGGAGACCUGACGCUCAUCGGGGACAAGGGAGGCACCCUCAGCGGGGGUCAGAAGGCUCGCAUCAACCUGGCCAGAGCUGUGUAUGAGGAAGCAGAUAUCUACCUCUUAGAUGACCCUCUGAGUGCUGUAGAUGCCGAAGUUGGAAAAUAUCUCUUUGAAGUGUGCAUCUGUGGUCUGUUGAAGAACAAGUGUCGCAUCCUGGUUACUCACCAACUUCAGAAUCUGUGGACAGUUGAUCACAUAGUGGUGAUCAAGGAGGGUCGUAUCAUGGCCCAGGGUACCUACAGCGAGUUGCAGAGCUCCGGCCUUGAUGUUGGCUUCCUGCUAAAAAGUCAGGAGGAACAGGAGCAUCAAUAUCUGUCAGCCAACUGUGACAAGGAGUCACUCUCUAGCAAGAGGACCAAUCACUCAAGCAGUUCACUCUACGUACACAGCACACUCCUGCCACCAGAGGGCAGUGUUCCUGACCUGCUUCCCGUCGAGAGUGCACACACAGCUCAGGAGGAGGCCCGUGCUGAAGGAAAUGUCAGGAAGGACAUUUAUGUCAAGUAUUUUACUGCCCACUGUCAUCCUCUGAUCUUACUGGCUAUUCUGCUGCUCAGUGUCAUUGCUGAGGCUGCAUAUAUUCUGCAGGACUGGUGGCUGGUGUUCUGGGCCAAAGAUGAGCUCAACAACACCAGCACGGUUGUGAUUGUUGAGAAAAGCACCAAUGAGUCGUCUGCCUUACACCAAGGCACAAAUCUUCCAUUUUAUCUGGGCAUUUACUCUGGUUUGACUGCUGCCGCCGUGGUCUUUGGCUUUGCCAGGUGUUUAGUGAUUUUUCACGGGCUAGUAAAAUCCACCCAGACACUGCACAACCGCAUGUUCAACGCUGUCCUCCGCACCCAAGUCCACUUCUUUGACGUCAACCCCAUAGGAAGAAUCCUCAACCGCUUUUCCAAGGAUAUCAGCCAGAUGGACUCCCUGUUACCACUCACCUUUGUGGACUUCUAUCAACUUUUUUUGCAGAACGUGGGGGUUCUGGUCAUUGCGGCCUCUAUCAUCCCUCUCCUCUUGGUCUCCAUCGCUCCCCUGCUCUUCAUCUUCCUGUACCUGCGGCGUUACUAUCUCUCCACAUCACGAGAUAUCAAACGUCUGGAGUCCAUAACACGCAGUCCGGUCUUCUCCCAUCUUUCAUCAUCCCUCCAGGGCCUGUGCAGCAUCCGAGCCUUUGGAGGAGAGGAGAGGUUAACGAAAGCCUUUGACUCACACCAGAACCGGCACUCAGAAGCGUGGUUUCUCUUCCUGAUGACAUCCCGCUGGUUUGCCCUCCGCCUGGACAGCAUUUGCUCCGUCUUUAUCACCGUAGCAACAUUUGGGUGCAUUUUACUCAGAGAGGGUUUGGAUGCUGGCGAGGUGGGCCUGGUGUUGACGUACGCUGUGACGCUGAUUGGAAACUUCCAGUGGACCGUGAGGCAAAGUGCCGAGUUAGAGAACAUGAUGACAUCUGUAGAGAGAGUGGUGGAGUACACGGAGUUAAAGUGUGAAGCACCCUGGGAAACCAAAACGCGCCCUCCUCUUGAUUGGCCCAGUCAAGGCCAGGUUACCUUUGACCGGGUGCAUUUGUCGUAUAGUGCCGACGGGCCACUUAUCCUCAAGGACAUCAAUGCCAUCUUCUGCCCCAGUGAGAAGGUGGGCAUCGUGGGUCGGACGGGAGCCGGGAAAAGCUCCCUGGUGAUGGCUCUUUUUCGCCUGGCAGAGCCACAAGGGAACAUCUACAUCGAUGGCGUGUUGACCUCUGAGUUGGGCCUGCACGACCUGCGGCAAAAGAUGUCGAUCAUACCUCAGAUACCAGAAGUGGCAGCAAAGCACUUAAAACGGAGAUGAUGAUAAAAAGGGGUUGUAUGCUGUCUCCACGAGUUCAGUGGUAAGGUACAGAGGAUUGUUUUCAAGUUAAAGAACAGACUGUGGUUGGUAACAACAAAGACAAAGUAUCAGCAAACCAAUUGACUUAAUAUGCAUUCAUUAUUGUUUCAGCUAAAAGUUAAAUAUAGCAUUGUUAAAAUAGUUAUUUGUGACUGUUUUAUCACGUCAAGUUUUUAGUUUUAACUUUACUUCCUGUUUUAAGCAUGUAGCCUUUUACUUUGAAGAGUACACACCGGAACUCAGCAUUUUGGCACAAAAAAUAACUUCACACGACACCGCAAGAAAAAGCUUUAUAAAACGUUUGUUCCUUUACCUUUCCACCGAUUAGACACAAGGUUAGUGUUUAUGAUACUGUGACACAACCUUUUGUGAAUUUUGUUCUAAUUCAUUGUGAUGUAAGGUUUCUAGUUAGGUUGCUCAAUGUUAAGGUUGGAAUGUGACUCUUUCUACUUUCUUUCCAAUAUUAUAAAAUAAUGCAUAUUUUAUUUUUGUGUCUGUCACCAGCUCUUACAUUGGUUUGAAGACUAAAAUAAAUGUUAAAAACCAUCACUGCAAGAGUGCAACCCACCGUUUAAAUUGUUAGCUGCCUCAAUGUUGGCAUAGACAUAUUUUAUUGUUUUACUCACCCAAUUGUCUUGACUGAAGUUCCGCGCGGUGUGUAGGCUGAGGCUCGGAGAGGGAGGAAGCGCGUCAGACUUGUACACAUCCUAAAAGCCUCCUUUGCACAAUAUAAUCUUAAUCCAAGUGUUGCACUGAAGUCAUUGGUCAUUAUUUUAGGAUAGUUAAGACAGUUUUGUUCGCACUGCCGUUGGCCACAAGUAUGUCUUCGGGUGGGUUCUUCUUCGGGGUAGGCGGACUGUAGGCAUCGAAACUGGGAACCGCAUUUUUUCAAUUGGAACGCUUCCGGGAGAACCGGAAUGUUAGUCCCGUUUCCAAUCAGUUCUCGAUUCUCGAUGCCCAACCCUACUCACAAUACAUUUAGGUCGCACCGGCAUCUUCCCCCACCAACGGAUCCAACUCACCACCAGGUGGUGAUCGGUAGACUGCUCUGACCCGCUCUUCACCCAAGUGUCCAAGACAAGCGGCCACAAGUCCAAUGACACGACCACAAAGUCGAUCAUCGAACUGUGGCCUAGGAUGUCCUGGUGCCAAGUGCAAAUGUGGACACUCUUAUGUCGGAGCAUGGUCUUCGUUAUGGACAAUCCAUGACGAGCACGGAAGUCCAAUAACAGAACACCACUCAGGUUCUGGUCGGGGGAUGUUCCUCCAAAUCACGCCCCUCCAGGUCUCACUGUCAUUGCCCAUGUGAGUAUUGAAGUCCCCCAGCAGAACGAUGGAGUCCCCAGCAGCCACACACUCCAGUACCCCCUCCAAGGACUCCAGAAAGGGUGGGUACUCUGAACUGCUGUUUGUUGCAUAGGCACAAAUAACAGUCAGGUCCCAUCACUCCACCCGAAGGUGGAGGGAGGCUACCCUCCCGUCCACCGGGGUAAACCCCAACGUACAGACACCGAGUCGGGGGCCAAUAAGUAUGCCCACACCUGCUCAGGGGCUCUUACCGUGGGCAAGAGUGACCUUACCAGGGGUGUAAAGCUUAGGAGCUAAAACGUAGCUCCAGAGAUCAUCGGGACACACAAAUCCCCCCACCACGAUAAGGUGAUGGCUCAUGGAGGGGAGAAACGAUCAAGUCUAAAUACAUUGAUAAUAAAUUGAGGGAUCAUUAGGGGUGGGAAAUGUAUUAAUAACACUUUAUUAUUAAUACAUAAAAAAUAACAAUUAAAAAAAAGGUGGGUGUUCGUCAUUUUGUUUUGUUCUUUCUACCG